GCUAGAGUAUGAUUUGCUUUCAUAUAAUUCCGUAUCAAUAAAUUUCAGAUGGUUUUGAGUAGAGUGAAGAGUUGGCUGACUUGGUCUUGGACCUAUCUGUGGGCCUUAUGGUUUUUGCUUGUAAUUGUCCUUGUGUACAUACUACGUGGUCCCCUAAAAAUUACCGAGUCGAUUGAAAAUGGUUGGUUUUCACUUGAAACUUCCUCAUCAUACUUCAAUAAUCUAACGCCAAAGUUCUACGUUGCACUAACUGGUACGUCUAGCCUUGUUUCCGGAAUCAUCUUGAUUUUUGAAUGGUGGUACUUCAAAAAUAACGCUGUUGAUUCUGUGAGUGAAGACGGGAGCGACAAUGAGGAUGCAAUAGAAAACCAGAAGUCUAUACCUGAAUGCAAGGUUUGGCGAAAUCCUAUGGCCUUAUUUCGCGGCGCUGAAUACAAUAGGGUAAAAACAGUGAUGGAUCUUGAUCCGCUCACUUAUUACGAUAUGAACCUCUCUGCUCAAGAUCAUCAAAGUUUUUUCACAUGUGAUGAGGACGUCGGGCGACCCGAUUAUGACAUCAUGCAAGUGGCGUGGCGAGAAAGAGACAGCGCAUCUCGUAUAAACGCAGCCAGAGAGGCGUUGCAUAUAAAUCCUAAUUGUGCUCCUGCGCUCAUAUUAUUGGCUGAGGAACAAUGCGAAACUAUUGUUGAAGCCGAAGUGAUGUUGAGGCGUGCAUUGAAAGCUGUGGAUAAUAGUUUGGGGCAGUCACAAUCUGGCCAAAUAGUUCCUCAUGAACGUUCUGGGGACAUUUAUCGACAAGCAAGAAGACGCGACUUCCACAUGCAAAUCUACAUACGACGUCGUCUGGCGAUGUGUGCACGGAAGCAAGGCAGAUUACGCGAAGCUAUCAAAACGUUCAAGGAUAUCAUCCGCGAUGGAUCCAUGAGCAAUAUAUUGGGUGUACAGGAGAACCUCAUCGAAGCAUGUCUGGAAAUGCAAGCGUACGCUGAUGUCCAGGCUCUGCUUGUUCGAUACGAUGGCUUUGAUCUGAGAGAACCAAGGUCGGCGGUGCUCAGUUAUACCUCUGCUCUUCUAAAAGCCAGGGCUGUAGCAGACAAAUUUGUUGCGGACAUCUCAACAAGAAGAGGAUUGUCUUCAGCAGAAGCGACUGCCAUCGAAGCAAUUACUCGAGCCAUAGAGUUCAAUCCGCAUGUUCCUCUUUAUUUGCUCGAGAUGCGUCCAAUGAUUCUCCCACCUGAACAUUACCUGAAACGUGGUGACUCAGAGGCCAUUGCUUAUGCAUUCUUUCACAUUCAACACUGGAAGCGGAUUGAUGGUGCACUGCAACUUUUGCAGUAUACCUGGAAAGGAGAUUUCGCUUCAAGAUUCUCGAUGAGUGGUUACUGCUACCCAUAUUCGCCUCAGUUGGAAUCCGCAGACCGGGAGCUUUUGCCAGCUUGGCACGAAGUUUCGGUGUUUCCGAAGAAAGAAAGUCCCGUGUGGGCUUUGCUGCAAACGUUAACUUGUCUCGCAGUGUGUGCUAUUGCGCUUCUCAUUCAUCACUAUCCAACAAGCACAUUUGAAGCCCUCCAUUUCGCGUUCUCUGCAAGUGUGCUGGGUGCUCAACGUCUGAUAGCCCAUUUCUAUCACUGGAUUCCUGAGAAUGUGAUAGGAAGAGUAUAUAGAUCACAUGUCGUUAUGUCUGUAAUCGCGCCAUUGGAUGCAAAGAAGCUUGUGGAGGCGCUGUUAGGAGAUUUGCGGCAGUUGUCGACUGAGGCGAAAAAGAAGCACAACCAUGUGAAAGAGGCGGCUGAAUCAGGUGUCGUACGUGUGCGCAAUAUCAGCACUGCUUCUGGCGAAUCAAACCUUUUAACAAAUUUGCGAACAGCCAGCAACGAGCUGUUGCAUCCUCUCAUACUCGCAUGCGCUACGCGGCAUGCGAAGCUUGUACAGAUCGCACUGCAAAGUAUUCAGCGAUUGGUCCAACACCGUGUCUUAGAGGCUAGUUGUGCCAAUGUCGUGGUUAGUGAGCUAUGGGGUCUUGUGGAAGUGGAAUGCGAAGAACUUAGGGUAUUACAAACAGUUCCACCAUUAGUUUCGGCAGAUCUACUGGUUACUGGGAACACUUUGGCGAAAUGCAUUGUCAUGUGCUUCCGUUUGCACUUCGCAAAGGAUCCUGUAGUAAUUAAUGCGGCUUCUGCUGCUGUACGACAACUAGUAGGAUGUGUUUUUGAGCGCGUCAUCCAGGAAGACGGUGUGUUCAAUAAUGCCGAGCUGACUGUAGUAGCAUCUUCUGGAGGAAGACCUUCGCCCCGAUCUGCGCCUCCCACGCUUCGUCCGUGUGCUGCUGAUGCAUACAUGUUGUUCAAAGAUCUAUGUUUGCUCAUCAAUGCUAAGCCCAGCGUUUGGCUCCUAGGAAUCCAUGAAAUGACACGCACACUUGGAUUGGAGCUCAUCGAGUCGGUUCUCAAGAGCUAUCCCGGCGUGUUCUUUAGGCAUCCUGAAUUCUGUGAGUUGUUGAAGACUGAGGUCUGUCCUCUCGUCAUCAAGCUGUUUUCCCCCAGUUUGAAAUCGGCACAUGUGUCCUCCCAACACCCGUCAUCGCGUUCUUCAACGCAAGGAUUGCCUAAUGAUAGGCCUUAUUUUCCUAUUGCGAUGCGACUUGUACGUAUUAUUCUCUGCCUCAUCUCCUUAUAUCAUCAACUUCUGCCCACUGAGUGCGAGAUCUUUCUUUCUUCUCUCAUGAAAUUCGUGGACGUAGAUCGCAGAGGAUGGCAGCGUGCUUUGUCACUCGAGGCACUUCAUCGAGUCGUGGUCAGGCCCGAUAUCGUAAGGUGGCUUUGUGAGAAUUUUGACGCUCGUUCGAACACCACAAAAGUUCUGGAGCAUCUAUCAAGUAGCAUCUCUGAAGUCAUACAGCAAAGUUUCAAACCCACGAAACUGUCGUCUGAUGUGGAUUUGGAGCUCGAGGGGAGUCAACCGAGGAAUUCGUCCGGAUUUUAUUUUUCAAAUGUCUGGCAUCCAUAUGUGGAGCAGCUGUCUUCAAAGAAAUCUCUAUUGUUAGAUAGCUUGGAACGGCAUGAAGCUGGCACGGUUCCGGAUGGCUAUGUGGUGUCGCGAGCAACAUCCGUCUUGGUUGACUUCAUUCAAGCUAUUUAUGCUGCCGUAGAUGCGUUAUGCAUACAAGAAGAUGGAGGCGAUAAAAACAACAAUCUGAUAGCCGAAGCGAUAUUCACAAGCUGCCAGCCGAAUUUGCUUUCAGCGCUGAGUAUGCUGUUAUCCGCCAGUACUGAUGAAACAGUGACGGAUCAGUUGCUAUGUGGACUGUCAACCUUAAUGUCUGUUGGCUGUAAAUUGAAGUUGUCGUCUGCUAGUUUGAACUGCCUCUACGUAUUAUGUUGCGCUUGUCUACCAUCAGUGAACUACUUGCAAACCUAUGGCGGCUUCGAUGCACCGACAAAUGCUAAUGCAACGUCAGACUUAGUAUUCGAUUCUGCCUCUACACUGCACGAAGUGGUAGCAUCCGGAACACCUUGUCCGUCCCCCAUAGUGGCACCUGACAAAUGGAACGAUAUGGUUAUGCUUACCUCCCGGAAUUUGCAAGCGUCGCGUAUCCUUCUCAGUUCGAUUUGCGCUCAUGCAACAUUGAUGGAUGAGCUAUGGUAUCUGUGUAUGUUGACUUGUCAGCACGUUGCCUGGUUACUUGCUAUCAAACCGGCUUCUAACGGUAUCUUCGCCAGAGAGAAAGCAGAAGUUGAGCAAAAUAGUGCUAGCGUCAUUACAACAGCAGCUCUUUCGGAAACUCCGAUCCUUACGUCCCUGUUUGACAAAAUUGCCUGCACAGCUGUCUCUUUGUCAAACGAAUCGCUUCUCAAGACUAUGGAUGCAAUCAUGAGGUUAUCGGACGAAAAUGUCGCAGUGGCAGCAACGGGUCGAGAUUGUUCGUUAUUCCCUCUUGCAAUGCUUCUUCGGUUCGCUAGCUUGAAUUUGCAUCGUCAGAAGGUGUUCUGGAGUCGAGUAACCUCGCAUUUCAUCAAGAUCUGCGGUCAUACAACGCCAUCACUUCGAGAAUGGGCGGCCGUUGCGUUGGCAAGCAUAAUCAAACAGGCAUUCAAAGCGAAGACGGAGAUGAGCAUUGAAGAACAACAGCAGCUCACACUUAGCACCUUGCGCUCGUUAUGCUCUGUACAUCAAGCUGACGUACAACGGCGCCAACUGGACUGCUUGAUGGCUCUGCUGCAGACGGACGGCGCUCAGCUGGUUUCCAACAUGUGGCAUCAUGUCAUUCACAUCGUUGCUGCUAUCGUUGAUGAGGAAAAUUGCUGCGACGAAGCACUUGUACGCCAAGGCUACCUUGGCUUGAGACUUGUGGCUGCUGACUUUCUGCAAUCGCUACCUUUUGAGUGUGUUUCUGCUCUAGUGGAGGCGGUGGCAAGAUAUGGAAAACAGAUGGCUGAUCAUAAUAUUUCCUUAUCUGCACUUACGCAGCUGUGGACAAUUUCUGACUUUGUCUUUCGAAAAACUGAAGAAGUUGGUGCCGAUGCUUCUGAGAAGGUGUGGUUGGUAUUAUACACAUGUCUAUCUGAGCUCUGCACCGAUUCCCGUCCUUCGGUUCGUAAAAGCGCAUGUCAGACCUUACUCCAGACGGUAGCGUCGCAUGGGCAUGCGCUUCGAAUUGCGACAUGGAAUCAUAUGGUUUGGCAGAUAAUUAUGCCAUUGUUGGAUCGAGUACGCGUACAAACAAGGAGCGCAUCGACGGAACGAACGAGCGGUGCACUACUCAUGCACCACUCUCGUGAUACUCAACAAAAGCAGUGGAUAGAGUCUUGCAUUCAUACUCUCUCAGCUGCUUCGAAGAUCUUCAUCGCGCAGCGUAGAGCAUUGUUAUCGUUGGAGGACUUUGGGUCUGCUUGGGAAGCACUUUUGUCUUAUGUUGAAUGGGCAGCUUGUUAUCAGAAUGCAGAGUUAUCGUUAUCCGCUUUAAAAAGCUUUCAAGAGGUUUUGCUUGGGAAGGUAUCGGCACAAACUCUGGACAUCAACACACGUGAGAGAGUUAGCAGCGUUGAAAACGCACUAGAAGAUGCUACACCAGUGCUGCCUUUACCUCAGUGGAUAGAAUCCUGGAAUACUUGGCAACGGAUAUCGCGUGGAUUAGCACGGAUGGGUAACAGCGCAACAUCAUCGAAUGAUAAAACGACAUACAUACCUGGUCCAUCUCAUCUUACGACACUUUUGCAUAUUUUCCCGUCGUUAUUUGAACAUGUUGCCCGUCAUAUCUCAGUUGAAGAACUCAAAGCUGAGCAGCUUCCUUCUGUGCUCGAGAGCCUCAUAAAUGUCCCUGUGCCAAGUGAGCAAGCACCGUUUGUUAUGCCAUCAGUUCAUUCGCACAUGUCUCCAACCCAAGAGGCUGUAUGCGAAGCGAUACGAUCCAUCUAUAAUGAGUGCACAUCACAAGGAAGUCUUUUACGCGAUGCCUUACCCGAUCAGAUUCGACAGCUCCUCAAGUUCAGCGGUAUGGCUUUGAAAAGUCCCGCUACAUUGCGACCUGCCACCAGCAUGACUGCUUCUGGACAAAAGGACUAUCGAGAGUGGGCAUUGCAAUGGAUCGUACCUUUUGCUGAGGCAUGUUUGCGUAUGGCGGUCGAGUUCCUUUCUGCCACAGCGUCAUAUCCAGAGAUUAUUCGUUCACUUGUAGUCGUAGAUGUCGUAAAGUUUCUGGGACAACCGUUGUACUUGAAGUAUUCUUGCAUAUCACCAACGACUUGGAAACUUGCUGCCUCAUCUUUGAUAACAAUAUUACGAGUAUCGGUUCCAUUAGCACGUCAAAAUGUUGAGCAUUUCGAACCACUAUGGCCGGCAAUUUGUGACACUUUAGAAAAGUUUCUAUUUACACCGAAUGUCUGCCCUCGACUUGCUGCUGACGAACGGAAAAGAGAUGAGUUGACUGAGUGCCAAAUUGUCGAAUUGGUGAAGUCUGAGCUGUUAUUGCACUCUUCCGCUCUACCGCAGUCCAUGAUCCAGCGCCUCAUAUCAAUUUUGAAUCGUGGAUCUAUCAGCCAGCUAGAUCCUACGGACGUCCUAGCUUCAGACUCGCACGCGCAGCGAGUAGAACUUGCUCGAACAUGCUUCGAUGCACUGCUUUCUACUUCAAGUGAAGGUAAUGGUCGACUGGGGAAUGUGGCUGUGGCUAGUCUCUUGCAAAGAUGCUCUCAGGUAAUGAAUGAUUUUGUUCGUGAUUGGAACGGGACUGGUGAUCUGCGACUACCACGUGGUAGAAUAGCUGAAAUUACGUCUGCGCUACAGGCAGUUGAUUCGCUUAUCGGACGCCUUGCCAGAGAGCCGACUCAAGCAGAGCUAUACUCGCAAUUGGUGUCGCUAUAUCCCAGCGUUGUGAAUGUUGUAUCCUGCACACGUUCUGAUCCAUCGCUAGAAACGCAGCUGAUCGCUACCCUCAAGUCAUAUCAGACUUUGUUGCUUUUGAAGAUAGUUCCUAAUCUUGCUAGAGAAAGCUAGCUUUCUUUUUUGACUCUUAUCUUCUUGCAUGUUUAUUAUUCGAUAUAUCGAAAUUUAGGCUGAGUAGCCAAAAUCAGAGUGAUAGUAUUCGAGGUAAAGAGACCUUUCUUGUACUUCCGUCUGUGAUGCAAUUAUUUAUGACUGUUUCAAAAUAUCAUUUAUGCAUGUAAUUGUUUGUUAUCGAAGUCGCCAAACCUGAGAGUAUGAUGCCGGUGCUUAUCGACGAUUUCGAUAUCUAAUUUCUUCCUUAUCACAGAGUUGUUGUGCUGUAUACCGAACUUACUAGCGCCCGCCUUGCUUGACAUUCCUCAAUCUGUCCCAUAUUUGCGCUUUUAUCUUUUUGCUGUCAAAUAAUGUUGUGAAUGAAUAAACGGUUCAGCAGUUUAUCUGUUG